UGUGGAGGCCUGGUAACUAGUCUAGAGAGACACGAGGCGAUGCAAAGCGAGCUGCCGUUCUUUUUCCAAUUCACUCGCCGACAUGGGUCGUAUGCACGCACCAGGAAAGGGCAUCUCUGGCUCAGCGUUGCCCUUCAGAAGAAGUGUCCCAACGUGGCUGAAACUGACAUCAGAGGAUGUUAAAGAACAAAUAUACAAGCUGGCAAAGAAGGGUCUUACUCCUUCCCAAAUAGGUGUCAUUUUGAGAGAUUCUCAUGGUGUUGCACAAGUGCGAUAUGUAACAGGCAAUAAAAUUCUUCGAAUUUUGAAAGCCAAAGGGCUUGCACCAGCACUCCCAGAAGAUCUUUACUGUCUCAUUAAAAAGGCUGUAGCUGUGAGAAAGCAUUUAGAAAGAAACAGAAAGGAUAAAGAUUCAAAAUUCAGAUUGAUUCUUAUUGAGGCAAGGAUCCACAGACUUGCUCGCUAUUACAAAGCAAAGAGAGUCCUGGCACCCAAUUGGAAAUAUGAAUCAGCAACUGCCUCAGCUCUUGUUGCGUAAACUUGUAAAACUUCAUUAUUGAAUGAGAAUCAUGUAGCAAA